AGCCGAACUAGAAAACAGAAACAGAGAAGACAUUCAAAACAAAACAAAGAUGUCCGCUAGCGACGCCGCUGGACUGACCAAGACAUGGGAACUGUCCCUGUACGAACUACACCGGACGCAGCAGAAUCCGGUUACGGACAAUUCGGAAAUAGCAGUGUCUCCGCGAAGCCUGCACAGUGAAUUGAUGUGUCCGAUUUGCUUGGACAUGCUAAAGAAGACAAUGACCACGAAAGAGUGUCUCCAUAGGUUCUGCUCCGACUGCAUCAUCACCGCCCUUCGCUCUGGAAACAAAGAAUGCCCGACUUGUCGCAAAAAACUAGUGUCCAAGCGAUCGUUGCGUCCAGAUCCCAACUUUGACUCGCUUAUCCAGAAAAUCUACCCGAGCAGAGAUGAGUACGAAGCCCACCAGGAGCGGGUGAUGGCCAAGUUGAACAAGAGCCACAGCCAAGCCGCCCUGAUGAAUUCCAUUUCAGAGGGCAUCAAGCUGCAGAACCAAAACCGGCCCCAGCGCCGUCCCAAAGGCACAGAAGCGGACACGACGCCGACUGGGACUGCUCCGUCGACUCCAAAUCCACAACCAGAGGCUCAGGGCAGCUCAAGCCACGCUCCCAGCCCAGUGCCAGCGUCUUCCUCAGGACAGCAACUGCAGCAGACUCAACCACCGCCGCAACAGCAGCAACAACCGCCGCAACAGCAAAAUAAGCCGAAGAAGAUGAAAGUUUUGUCCUCUGACGAUUCCGGAUCCGACAUGGGACACGAAUCCACUGGAGAAGGAGAAAACUCGUCAGACCAGUCUUCAAACGAAAUCGAGUUGGUCUUUAAGCCUCACCCGACAGAGAUGCCCAACAACGCCGCUGUCAAGGCUCUUAAGGAGAACUCUAUUCGAUUUUUGAAAACUACAGCCAAUGCGACAGUUGACCAUUUGAGCAAGUAUUUAGCGAUGCGCAUUGCAAUCGAUCUGCAUUCCGGACCAAAAGAGAGUCUCAUCAACUUCUGUAUCUACAUUUCGCCAACUGCAGGACAUUAUGUUGUCCUCAAUGGAAACCAGACUUUGAGCCAUGUCAUCGAUCGAUUCUGGAAGGUCAAAGACCCACUUGAAAUGUUCUACUCAUGGAAAGAAUCAUGAUCUGCUUGACAUUUAUCUAGACUGUAAAUUUGUUUGAUCAAUAUGUGAAUUUCAAUUGUGUAUUCUAAGAUAUAAAUAAAAUUACCUAUUUAACUACA